AUGCUGAAACUUUGCAAAUUCAGUCUAUAUGAAGCUAAAACUACAAGGGACUUACAAAAAGACGCAGACGAGAAUCCGCAAGUAGCAUGUACUUCCCAGCUUCAAUCCUGGAACAAGAAAGGUGGAGGCGAAAAUAUAGUAGCUCAACCUGUCAUGGAGGUUGUGGUAAAACAGGCAAAACUGGAUGAACCAAGCACCUCACGUUGUGGCGGUGGUGUGAAAUGCUUAUUGUAUGAAGCCAGAAGACAACCACAACAUGAUCUGGAAAGAGAGAAGGAUUUUAAAUCUGAACUUUCAGGAAUUGAUCAAAACUUGGGUUUUGCUCAUAUGAACAAAGAAAAAAACCUAGCUUUUGAACUGGGUGAUACCAAAUUUGACAAAAGUCCUGUUGGGUCGUUCUUGAGUUAUCAAACUUUUUUCACAGAAUCGAAUUUCUCUGCUCAAGCGAAUCUAGCCUCAGUUCCUCGCUUUCCUAUGACAAAUGAGGAGGACAUGACCAGCACACCUCGGGAGCUCUCAGAUUCUGAGAAGAACUUGCUGUCUACUCUAAAUGUGGAUAAAGACAAAAUCCAUGAAAUCGAAAGCAAAACAAGGGAUCAAUCAGCAUCUGAAAUGUGGAAGCAAGAACGCACCUAUCGAUUUACUGCCUCUAACUUCCAAGCGAUUACCAAGAGGAAAAGGAAUCAUGAUACCUAUGCACAGUCCAUCAUGCAUCCAAAGCCAUUUUCCUCGAAAUAUGUUGCCCAUGGCAUUAAGUAUGAACCCAUCGCUCAUCAAGAGUAUCAGAAAUUCAUGUUCAACCAGAAAACACCAGUAGCUGUUUUAAGGAGUGGAUUUGUCGUAUCAAAAAGUUGUCCAGUACUAGGUGCCUCGCCUGAUGCAAAAAUUGUGAAUAAAGGAUGUGUACAUUGCUUUGGUUUGGGAGAGGUAAAGUGUCCCUACACCAAGUUCCAUGUAACACCCCUAGAUGCAUGCUCUGAUCCCAAUUUUUUUAUGGAGAAAAUAAAUGACAAAGAGUGCAGACUGAAAAGGGAUCACACAUACUAUGCACAAGUGCAAGGACAAAUGGGGAUAACUGGAAGCAAGUGGUGUGAUUUCAUUGUUUAUACCAGCAAGGGACUGUAUGUGGAGAGGAUAGCCUUUGAUCCUGGCUACUGGAGAAACUUACAAACUGAACUUUGA